CUCAACCCAUGGGUUAGCCAUAGCCAAAACCCGUUCAGUGUUACCCGCGUGACUGGGCCUCUCCGUCUCUCUUCGCCGGUUCCCCACGGGGUUAGAAAGUUUAAUCCAUACCAUUCCUCGCCCAAUUUUGUUCUAAUCAAUCACCUUUGCCCCAGUUCCAUUUCGGAAACCUUCCAUGGAGCCCGUGUUCUUCUCACUGGAGGAGGCGAUGCGCGAGCCCGACCCUAACCCCUGCCGGACCUCGUCGCCGCCGCUGGAGGCACACGUGCUCGCCGGAGGACUCGGAGGAGUGGGCGCCGGCAAGGUCGUCGGCGGUGGCGCGACAGAAUGGUGCUUCCACGAGUCCGUGGACGAGCCGUGGCUGCUCAACGUCCCCACCGCGCCAGUGGCGAACCCCGAAGCUUCGACGCUUUACCCUAAUCCCACGGCCGAGGGGAGCCGCAAGAGGCGGCACGACGUCCAUGAGAUGGUGGGCGCGGUGGAGGUCAUCCCCACGCCGCCUGCGGCGAGCCCGGUGGUGGACCCCGUGGCUUACAACGCGAUGCUGAGACGGAAGUUGGACGCGCAUCUCGCCGCCGUCGCCAUGUUAAGGACCACUCCGGGAAUUUGCCGACAAAGCUCCCAUGACAAUGGAGCAUCGCAAAAUCCAGAUUCCAUCCAAGGCUCAGAAAACCACACCGGAGAUGUCAGUGUGCAUCAGCUUAGCUCUUCCUCAUUGGAGCCAUCACCAUCAGAUGGUGAUAUGGAAGGGGAGGCACAAACAAUUGGAACUAUGCAUAUUAGUGCAGAGAAAGCGAAUAAGAGGAAAGAAUCUAACAGGGAUUCGGCAAGACGCUCAAGGAGUAGAAAAGCAGCUCAUACGAAGGAACUAGAGGAGCAGGUCUCACUAUUAAGAGUCGCAAAUAACUCUUUGAUGAGACAUCUUGCAGAUGUAAGUCAAAGAUACGUUAAUAUCUCUAUUGACAAUAGGGUACUCAAGGCAAAUGUUGAAACCCUAGAAGCAAAGGUAAAGAUGGUCGAGGAAACUAUGAAGAGGGUUACAUGCACCAACAAUUUUCCUCAAGCAAUAUCUAGCUCAUCUCUCGGGAUUCCUUUCAGUGGCUCCCCAUUGGAUGGUAUCUGUGAUAAUCCAUUGCCAACCCAGAACACCUCACUUAGCUACCUCCCCACUACAACAACAAAUUUUGUUGUGAAAAACAACUACAUCCCUGAGCCAGCUCCGGCAUUCCAGAUCCAUGAUCAAAUGUCUUCGCUAAAUAUGCAACCUGUGUCAUGCCUGGAUCAUCACCCACAAAGGAUGCACAUAGGUAUUCCUACAUCGACACCUACUCCGCAACGGGAAUCUACUACAUUGGAUUCAAAUGAAAUAGUCAACAUGAUGAUGUAGUAGGAAUUAUAUGAGAGACCUGAGCAGGAUUUUUUUUUUAUAUUCAUUAUUGUUGUUGACCGUUGGGGGUAUUUAUAGUUUGGCUUGUUAAGUGGACAUUUCUUAGACUUGUUUAAGAAACAUCUAUUGUUGUUGUUUCAGAAUAAGAACCUAGACAUAGUUGGUCUCCGAUAACCAUAUAUUAAAGGUUAUUGGACAAUAAAGUGGUGUGGUUGAGUCAGA